AUGGCGACAUCUCCAACGCCAUCGUUGGACUCAAUACGCGGUGGUACAAAUUCCAUUGAAUCCUAUAUUGAACAUAACGGUUAUCUAUCCGAUUCACCACUCACACUAAGCGGUUCAUCACCACCCGUUUCCGAUUCGGCAAUUUGUGAUGAUUUUGCCAGUGUUGUCGGGCAGACAGUAGUCGGUGGUGUGGGUCAGCAUAUUAUCUCCGCCUCGUCGGUAUCAUCAUCAGCAUCGAGCACAUCAUCAGCCUCGUCAUCGGCUUCGUCUACAUCAUCGUUGUCCAGCAGUGGUUUGAGUGGUUGUGGCAGCACCUCCAGCAGUGCAUCAAGUACUGGUUCAAAUUCGGGUAAUGGUGGCAGUAGUAAUGGUCCCGGUGUUAUUGGCAGUGGCAAAGGUAGCCCCUCAUUAUUGGGAGGUGGCAGCAGCAAUAACAACAAUGUCAUAAAUGUCACCACCGCCAAUGGUACUGGAGCUGCACCCCGCUGCACGGCCUGUAAGAGCAAACAAUCGGAUGCUGUGGCCAAAUGUUUCGAUUGUAUCAGUUUCUUGUGUGGCAACUGUUGCACAGCCCAUGAAUUUAUGCAUUGCUUCAAUGGUCACAAUGUGUGUUUGAUUAAGGGAUUUGAGAGUGGCGUCACACCCAGCAACAACAACAGCAGCAACAAUUCCCAACACAUGAAUGGUAGCAGUAAUCCCAUGGAUUUUAAAUUUUCCAGUUCACUUACCAUGAUGUUGCAACAGCAACAGCAGCAACAACAACAACAACAGCAGCAGCAAAUGCAAAAGGCAAAUUCCCAACAACAACAACCAUUGUCACAAUUAUCAAAAAUUGUGCUCAGCUCGGCAGCAGCCGCAGCAGCUGCCGCCGCCGCUGCCUCGUCGUUUAACAACCAUGACAUGAAUUCCCUGAAUUCCCCGGAUGGUUCUCAGGAUGAUAUAUUUUCCAGUAUGUUACCCUCGCUCAGAAGCCAACAACAACAGCAGCAACAACAACAACAGCUGUUACAACAAACCCUACAAAAUCAACAAUCCCUGUUGUGUCCACGUCACAAAAAUGAAGUAUUGAAAUUUAGCUGCCGCACCUGUUGCACCCUGGUAUGCAAAGAGUGUGUCGUCUUGGAACAUUCCUCCGGCAUGCAUGAAGUCGAACAUGUCCAAGAGAAUGGCCUGGGUUCCAUGAGUAGCCUAAUGGGAGGCGGCGGCGGAGCCAGCCAACAACAAUCCACACCCGAAACCGUGCUGCAAACCGUUUUGGGCGAUUUACGCGGCAAGGUGGGCGAAAUUGUCUCACUCAUUGGCAGUCAAAACACACCCGGAGACAAUCAAAUUCUCAAUGGAUCUAAGAUCAAGUUACAGUAUCAAAAGGCCCACAAUGAGGUCAAUGAAACCUAUCAGUUCUUCUGCUCCAUGUUGGAUGAACGUAAACAGGAACUGAUGAAGGAAUUGGAAGGACUCUACAAUGCCAAAAUGGCCACCCACUCAGCAUGGAUACAACGCUCCAAGGAAUUGAUUGAAAAGACCCUACAGACAUGUGAUGCCAUUGAGCGAUCGCCAAAGGCCCACACCAUUACCGAGGUUUUGAUGUUGCGCAAAACAUUGGAGCUACAGUUGCAGGCCGCCAUCCAAGAACUGCAAAUGCAUUUCGAAUUGGAAUUUAUGUCAAACUAUCAGUCCAUACAGGCUGGCGUGAGGAAUACCUUUGGUUAUAUACGGGCCUCAUCGGGCGACAUUAUGCAACAGCAGGUGAAGCAACCACCCAUUGCCAGGCCAUCACAGAGCACCUCAUCAUCGUCGUCACAUGGUGGUGGCUCCUCGAAUUCCAGUGUUACUGGUGGAUCACAUUUGCCCGGUGGUUUGGGUUUGUCGGCCCAACUGCUGGAGACCUCAUAUUCCAGUGCAUUGUUGGGACGCAAUCACCUGCAGUCCGCCGGCGGCCAUAGUUCAGCAUUUGAAGAUUUGAUGGCAAAACGUUUCAAUUCCAAUGCCGCCUCCGGCAAUGCGGCGGCGGUGUCUGCAUUUGUGGGCGUGCCAGCCAGUAAUCCCUAUGAAAAGUGGAGCAAUGGUGGUUCAGAUAAUUUGUUUUCCACAAAUGGCUCGGAUCCGUUCUCGUCGACGACAGCCAACCAAAUGUUGGGCGGUAGUAAUGGUGUUUCCAGCUGCACCACCGUGGCCACCACAAAUGGCGGCGGCCUACCCACCAGUGCUUUGACAGCAUUGAAUAUGACCAAUGGCAGUGGCUGCUCCAGUUCCGAUUCCAUCAUGGAUUUGACAUCAAAGCUGUUGUCGGCUUCCAUCUAUCCACCCAAGUCCCAGAUCAAGCGGCAAAAAAUGAUCUAUCACUGCAAGUUUGGGGAAUUUGGUGUGAUGGAGGGCCAGUUCACAGAGCCCAGCGGAGUGGCCGUCAAUGCCCAAAAUGACAUUAUUGUGGCCGAUACCAACAAUCAUCGUAUUCAGAUUUUCGACAAGGAGGGCCGCUUCAAAUUCCAAUUUGGUGAAUGCGGUAAACGUGACUCCCAGCUGCUGUAUCCCAAUCGUGUGGCCGUGGUACGCAAUUCCGGUGAUAUUAUUGUCACGGAACGUUCGCCCACACACCAAAUACAGAUCUACAAUCAGUACGGGCAAUUUGUGCGUAAAUUCGGAGCGAAUAUUCUGCAACAUCCUCGAGGUGUUACGGUGGACAAUAAGGGCAGGAUUAUUGUGGUGGAAUGUAAGGUGAUGCGGGUGAUUAUUUUCGAUCAAAAUGGCAAUGUGUUGCACAAGUUUGGAUGCAGUAAACAUUUGGAAUUCCCCAAUGGAGUGGUGGUAAAUGAUAAACAGGAAAUAUUCAUCAGUGACAAUCGGGCCCAUUGCGUUAAGGUGUUUAAUUAUGAGGGCCAAUAUUUGCGACAGAUUGGCGGUGAAGGUGUCACCAAUUAUCCCAUUGGUGUGGGCAUCAACAGCAAUGGAGAAAUUUUAAUUGCCGACAAUCAUAAUAAUUUCAAUUUGACCAUAUUCACACAGGAUGGACAAUUGGUUUCGGCAUUGGAGUCGAAGGUGAAGCAUGCCCAGUGCUUUGAUGUGGCACUGAUGGACGAUGGCAGCGUGGUGUUGGCCAGUAAAGAUUAUCGUCUAUAUAUAUAUCGUUAUGUGCAAGUACCACCAGUUGGUUUGUAAAUUAAUCAAAUCAAAU